AUGCACUCAGCUUUGAGCGCCGCACCAGACAUCGAUCGCGUUAUAGAAGAAACUCGCAAUACUCCGUUCUCUGAUAAAAUAGACAGCGCUAUAAUCAGCGACAUCGGAAAAAUCAAAUGCCCUGAGUAUGCAGGAACUACCGAUCCGAGAGCUCACGUCAGAGAUUUCAGAUUAGCUGUAACUAAAGCUCACCUAAGUCCAGCUCUCGACUGGUUCGCAAGCCUAGAAGGCGGCUCUAUAGAUAGUUUCGAUCAGCUCGUAUCAGUUUUCCUUAAACAGUACUCGAUAUUUAUCGAAACACGAGCUACAGAAGCUAAUCUUUGGAAAUUACGCCAAGGUCAUGAUGAACCACUUCGCCACUUCGUAGCUCGCUUCAGGGAAGUGAAAGCAAAAAUCGCAAAACUCAAUGAUGGUGUAGCCAUUGACGCCCUGUAG